AUGGUCAUCAUUCUUCCUGCUUACAAAGAGACGCUUGACACCAUGCGAGAAACAUUAGAUGUUCUAGCCAGUCAUACUGAUGCUUCAACUUCAUAUGAUGUCUUCCUAGCCAUGGAGGAGCGCGAUCCCAGCGCGAUAGUAAGUGCGAAGCAGAUGACCGUCGAGUAUGCUGCCCGGUUUCUGGACUUGCAAGCAACCUUCCACCCAGCGGGCAUCCCAGGGGAGAGCGCAGGAAAAAGCUCAAACGUGAGUUGGACCGCUCGGGAGGUCAUGGCCAAAUACAACGGAGAGAGUGAUGUGCUUGUCACCGUCAUGGACAGUGACUCCCAUCUCCAACAACAAUACUUUCGCUUCAUAAGAGAGCGCUACCUCGCCACGCGCCAAGGAGAUCCCCAAUCGAACUUGGUAUUAUACGUCCCUCCCAUUGUCUUCGACAGAAAUGCGCAUGAGAUUCCGCUGCUUGUUCGAGCCGCCGAUCUAAUGUGGAGCGGUGCUGGGCUAUCCUGCUACGCUAAUAGCUCGCCCGACACUCACUUGGCUAUUCCCACCUCCGUGUACACCCUCUCAUUACCGCUCGUGCAGCUCGCUAACGGUUGGGAUGCCGGUGCUGAUGCUAUCGGCGAGGACAUGCACAUGAUGCUCAAGUGCUAUUUCGCCAGCAAGGGCUUGCUCAACAUCGAGUCAGUGCCUAGCCCAGCCAGUCAAUGCAACAUUGAUACGCCACAACGAGGUAUCCGUGGGUACCUCGAGCAUCACAAUGCUCGAUACAAGCAAGCACUCCGCCAUAUGUGGGGCUGUCUUGAUACAGGCUACGCAGCCAGGCGCUGGUUAGAGAUGAGCAGUGACGUUAUCCCAUCCACGCCUCAGUCUUCGCCGUCACUCGCUCCUCGUCUGCCUCGGACUCGCAAACUAUCCCACUCCAGCAAACCCCUAAAAUGGCAAAUCACCAACCCUCGGCGCUUCACGCUGCGGAACGCCUCGCUCGGCCUCCGGAUGCUCGAGGCACACUGCAUCCCCGCCCAUCUGCCUUUGAUUCUGAUUGGUUCCGCAAUAUAUACUGCUCUCCCUCGCCCGACAGACGAGUGGCUGUGGCUACCGCUCUUUCUCGACAUCUUCGGAUGGCUGCGCGCCGGCGGCUUCAUCGCAAUGGUGUCCUACUUUCUCUUUAUCUACGAGAGCUACCACGCCACCUGCCUGAACGUUCGCGAGACGGAAAUGAGGAAGGCGGGGCUCGCUGAUGAGGUCUCGUUCUCUCGCAGGAGGAGGUGGCAUCCCAGAGCCAUACUCGACUUUCUCGUGUUCCCGGUUUCAGGUACGCUGUACGGUUCUGUUCCUUUGCUGCAGGCUGCAUUUACGCAUUUAUGGACGGUGAAUCUGGUUUACCUGGUCAGUGCGAAACCAAUGAGGGCCGUGACGAAGGCUGUUGGGUCGACCAUUAGCGCAGCCAGUGGUGUUGGCGAAGGUCAGCGGGAGGCUGUGCCACUCAUGAGAGCGACGGAAACGGCGGUAUGA